UUUUCGUCUGACAAGUAUAUAUGGAGUUCAGUGUUUACUGUUCGCUAGUUAGAGCUCUUUGUUUUCGUUAUCACCUGAAAGUAAAAAUGUUCCCGGCGGUAUAUCAGCUUACACUGUUUGCCAUAAAUACUCGAAGGCAGAUAUUGUAAAAGAUACUGAUAAACUCUUUAAAGGGUACAGAUACAAUUUUUCCUCCAUACUUUUUUUUUUUGUUUUGUUUUUGUUUUUUUCGUCCACUUGCAACUGAGGAGGAAGCUUCUUCAUCUGGACACUUCAGCACAAGGACAUCUUUAAGUUGAAGGUGGUGCAAGAUGGUGUUGAUUCUGGGCAGAAGGAUGAACAGGGAGGACUCUGGGAUCAGAGACUCACCAGCUGUCAAACGCAAGGUGUUUGAGGUUGACUCCAAAACUUUAGCCAGUCAGGAUGUCUUGGACUUCUCCUCUGGCUCAUCCCACUCAGAUGGCAUCCUGCAGGUCUUCAAUGAGUUUCGCGACUGCCGUCUCUUCACUGAUGUUGUCAUCAGCGUGCAGGGCCGCGAGUUCCCCUGUCAUCGCGCUGUGCUCUCCGCCUGCUCUUCCUACUUCAGAGCCAUGUUCUGCAACGAUCACCGCGAGAGCCGCGAGAUGCUGGUCGAGAUCAAUGGUAUCCUGGCUGAAGCUAUGGACUCCUUCCUCACCUAUGUUUACACCGGCCGUGCCAAGAUCACCACAGAGAACGUCCAGUUCCUCUUUGAGACCUCCAGCCUCUUCCAGAUCACCACACUGCGUGAUGCCUGUGCCAAGUUCCUGGAGGACCAGCUGGAUCCGUGCAACUGCCUGGGCAUCCAACGCUUCGCCGAAGCCCACUCCCUGAAGCAGUUAGCCAGCCGCUGUCGCAGUUACGCCCUUGCCAACUUCUCGGAGGUGGCUCAGCAUGAGGAGUUCCUUGACCUACGCAAGGAAGAGCUGGAAGAGUACACUGGCAGUGAUGAGCUGUCCAUUGGUAAGGAGGAGGUGGUGUUUGAGGCGGUGAUGAGAUGGGUGUACAACAAUGUGGAGAACAGAAAACCCAUGCUGAAGGCCCUGCUUCAAAACGUGCGCCUGCCCCUUUUGCACCCCAACUACUUUGUCCAGACAGUGGAGGGAGACCAGCUCAUCCAAAAUGCUCCAGAGUGCUACCAACUUCUCCACGAGGCCAGACGCUACCACGUGCUCGGAAAUGAAAUGAUGUCACCCAGAACUCGUCCACGCAGGUCAACUGGCUACUCUGAGGUGAUCGUGGUUGUGGGGGGUUGCGAGAGAGUGGGGGGCUUCAACCUGCCUUACACCGAAUGCUAUGAUCCAGUCACAGGAGAGUGGAAAUCACUGGCCAAACUACCGGAGUUCACUAAGUCAGAGUAUGCUGUCUGCGCCCUCCGCAAUGACAUUCUGGUGUCAGGUGGUCGCAUCAACAGCAGGGACGUGUGGAUGUACAACUCCCAGCUCAACCUUUGGAUCAGAGUGGCUUCUCUUAACAAAGGCCGCUGGAGACACAAGAUGGGCGUCCUAUUGGGCAAGGUCUACGCUGUAGGUGGCUAUGAUGGGCAGAGCCGCUUGAGCAGCGUGGAGUGUUAUGACUGCUUCUCCAACCGCUGGACAGAGGUGGCUCCCAUGAAAGAGGCUGUUAGCUCUCCUGCCGUGGCCAGCUGUGCUGGCAAGCUCUUUGUCAUAGGAGGAGGGCCAGACGACGACACUUGUUCAGACAAGGUCCAGUGCUAUGAUCCAGAGACGGACACUUGGUUACUACGGGCCAACAUCCCCAUCGCCAAGCGCUGUAUCACAGCAGUGUCCCUCAACAACCUGAUCUAUGUGUGCGGUGGACUGACCAAGUCCAUAUUCUGCUACGACCCCGCAGAGGACUACUGGAUACAUGUGGUUCACACCUUCAACAAACAGGAGAGCUGUGGCAUGUCGGUGUGCAACGGUAAGAUCUUCAUCCUUGGUGGCAGAGGGGAAAGUGGUGAAGCAACAGACACCAUCCUGUGCUACGACCCGUCAACAGGCAUCAUCACAGGGGUGGCGGCCAUGCCUCGGCCGAUCUCCUACCAUGGCUGUGUAACCAUCCACCGCUACAAUGACAAGUACCACAGGCUCUGACCAUAACGAUCACACAGACAACACACACACACACACACACACACACACACACACACACAAACUCUUCAAGUUGAACCUAUGUACAGCACAAAGACAAGAGCACACUUCUUUGUAACAGGCACAUUUAGUAGUUCAGUCCACAGUACCGUUGAGCUAAUUUAUUUUCCUGCAGCAUCAUGUAGCAGUACUGAAUUUUGGCACUCUGAAUCUUUUGCUGUUCUACACUAUAGUUGUAGUCCUCCAAUGGAAAUGCUCAGUGGUUGAUAAUGCUGAUGAUUUGUCUGUAACCUGAGCUAAAGUGGAGUCAGAUCAACGUGGCAGAUGUUCCUUGAAUCAGUAGUAACUGCACAAGGGUGGAAAGUAAUGCAUCAUAUCUGACAGAAUUAAAGAAAACAGAUGGUGAGCAGCCAGGUCAGAUUGCACUCCAUGCAUAUAUAGUUAUACAUACAGUACAGUACUGGUAAAAAAUAUUAAAAAGUACUGUCCUCUGUUUGUUUUUCCUUGAUACCACAAAUGACCUAAAAAAGGGGUGAAACAGUCAGCCAGCUGUUUUCCCGCAUUAUCAACGGUCAUAAAUUCCAGUUGGUCUCAUGCAUUGACCCAGAGCAUGCUUAGGAGAAGAGAUAAAGAGUGCAGAUGCUACAAAAAUAUUGAAAAAUCGCCGGUGUUAGCUUUUCUCCCUUGUUUCCUUUUUCCUCGACAUAUCUUUGAUUCACUUCCCGUGAAUGUUUCCUUUUUUCCUGCUCCAGCUGUGUCAUCACCUCACAUUUUCUGAUCUACAGUGAUAUCUCCCUUUUUAAGCUUUAUUUUUGCUCCGUACUAAAUAUUAUUAUUACACUCAUUACUGACAUGUUUUAUUUUUUUUUUAAGUUAUACUUUGUCUUUUUUUAUAUAAUUGAAUGUUCAUUGUAUUAUACAUUGCCUUAGCGUGUCUGUUCCAUAUCAAUGUUAGUUCAUUGGUGUACUGGGCUUGUGGGUGGUUUUAUAAAUUUGAGAAGCCUUUGUAGAUCAAACUUCGAAGACUGCUCUGAAUAAGUGGUGUGCAUGUUUUGGUAUGUAUGCAUGUAUGUGACUUUUAUGACUCGGUCUGGUCUGCUUGUUGGAGCCAAGGAGGUUUUAUCAAAGAGUGGCAGUGUAAGCAUUGCAUUACUGCUAGCUUCUGUCAAUAGAACUUUUCACACUUGACGCACCUCUCACAUGUGCACUCACACGUAAAAAUGUAACUCGGGGUAACCGUAGAUACCUCCAGGUGUGUUUGUGUGCAUGUGUCUUUACUGGUCAGCUAAAGGUGUGUGGAGGUGUAGCACUCACACAGGGAGGGACUUCUAAAUGACAAGGAUGAUGUGGCUCAUGGUCAGUAAAGGUCACCUUUUACUACAAUUGGUGUUGAUAGACUAGAGAUAUUGCUGUGAAUAUAACUUUAAUAUGUUUUCUUUGUUUUACUUGUAUUUAAAUAUAUCUCUUUCUUGGUUAUUAUUGUUUUUUUUUCUGUAACUGAGAGCCCCAAUUGUGCACUUUGACAGAAUCCUGUUAAAUGUAGAAUAAUAUGACGAUGAUUUCCUUUUUUACUGUAUCAGUAAAUGUUCUUUGCUUUCAUGUGACGUAUGGGAGAGACAAUAGAAGGGCCUGUCAGCUUCUCCUGUUGGCUGCUACCUGCUAAUGAUCUGAUAUUUUAACAAAAACAACUAACCCUCUGACAAGAGAACACGUAAGAUCAGUGGAACGUGUUUUUCUGUCUCAUUCACAACAACAGUUGAAAGAAUUUCAGCUUAAACUAUCCUCCAGGCAUUUUCGUAGAAAGAGGAGGUUAGUGGCAGGUCUUCAGUAGUAGAACAGAAACGAGAAAGGAAAACAUCCUCAGGCUGACCCAGAGUCCUUCGCAGAACUACAUACUUGGGUAACUCUGGAGGCCAACAAGAGGACGCUGAGGGGCAAGAAAAUGGUAAAGCAAAAAAGAGUGGGAGUUAGAUAAAUACUGAGAGAGAGAGCGAGAGAGAGUUUGAGUGUGUGUGCGUCUGUGAUUUCACUGAGUGUUUACUCACAACAUUAUCUAAUGUUGAUUUAUUGAUUUUCUUAUAGCUAUAUAGAGGAUUUCAUACUUUGCUUACUUUGAUUGUUCUUGUUGAUUUUGCUUUGUUUGUGUGUGUGUUGUGGUGAGUAGUGGGUUUGUUGCCAACAUAUAUAUAUUUUUUUGUAUUUUUCCCCAAAAAAGAAGAGCUGAGGGUUGAAUAUGAAUACAGAUGUAAGCCAAAGUGGAUUUGUUUCAAUCCCAAAGGAGAUUUUUGUUGAAAACAAAAUGGGUAAAUUGUGCUUGCAUGCAUGAUGGUGGGUUUUUAACCUGUUGCAGAACGCUGCCCUAUGUGCCUUUUUAAUUUAAAAAAAAAAAAAGAG